AUGAACAAAGCGAAGAACCUCAGGCCAUUCGAAUGGAACCUAGGGUUGAAGAAACUAAGUGUCAAAGCUCGCUGUUUCGCGGUCAAGUAUGCGGCCGGUAACAUCGAGUCCCCGUUCACCAAGAGAUGCCGAUUGACAAAGCCUAUCCUCAGCCCUAUGUUCGACUAUAAAUUCAAACAGAGAGAGAAAGACAUUAUAUGGAAGUCCGUCUCCCUCGGCAGUCCGGCAGACACCCCAGCAGUUGGCCGUUCCUUGUACGCUCGAAUGUUUCGGUCUGCCUACUACGAAGCCUUAAAGAAGCAUGGCUACGACGAAGACGGCAGAAGGCUUGUCCUCGAUGCGGAAGGGAAUGUUGUUGGAAAACGGAAGCCGGGCCUAUCAUGCACAAUUCAAGUGAUCUUGAAUUCACCUAUAAAAACAGUCAAACAAGAGGAUCUCGUCAUGGAAACCGAGCGGCUGGUCCAGGAGCUUGAGAGACAGCAAAAGAAGCCAUGCCCGGCCGGAAACGGGAACCAGAGACAGAAGCCCCGGAAGACACAAAAGCCGACAGGAUAG